AUGUCGCACGUGCCCGCCGCGCUGUGGCGUAUCGCGUUGUGGCUGAGUGCUCUCCUCAUUUACGCAGCUUUCACGACAGUCGCGGCCCCGUCCUCGUGCGGGCACAGCCAGAUCGUCCACAAGCAAGGUGACGCCCCUCUCUCAUACACAGCGCUGCGCAACACCGGCAACGGCCUGCGCUAUCAGGUCGAAACGGACCUCAAGCGAUGGAAUGGCUCAGCCACCGCCGAACAGCGUGCCGUCGAGCCACAGGCCACCGUCACAAUCAGCAGCGACAGAGAGGACUCGGAGUGGGCCCCCAUCCGCAUUGCUGUCUUCGUGCCCGAUCUGGAGGACGAAUCGAAAUACUGCACGGCCAUUGGUCAGAUGCGCCCCGAUUCCAGCGGCUCCCUGGUGCCGUGCACCAGCAACGCUGAUCUCUUGACGGAUGCGAAAAGGGCCGUGCUGAUCAACUCUAUACUACCCCAGGCAGUCAGCAUGCACGCGCAGCGACUGAAGGUGCGUCGGCUGGCAGCCAGCACCUCCAUCGUCGUGAACUCCAUGCCGGGGUCAUACUGCGGCUCCUUCACCGUCCCGACAGCGCACCGGACAACGGGUGUGCCGGACGCAGAUUUUAUCGUCUACGUGGCAGCGGGUCCGACAUCUACUCCGAAGAGCUUCAUGGCGUGGGCUCUUGCUUGCCAGUAUUACCCCAACACGGCCACAAUCACGAGUCGCCCAGCUGUGGGGGCGAUGUACUUCAACCCGCGCUACCUGCCGACCUCGGUAGGGGAAACGCAGGAGCAAAUUGACCGUUACGGAGGCAACCCGUCUGGCAGCACGAAUAGUCUUCGCCGCGUCGCCGCCCAUGAACUGCUGCACGCGCUCGGCUUCACCUCAAGCAUCUUCAAGGCACGCGGCAUGUUUGCCAUCGUCCCGUCUCUGCGUGGAAAAAGGAACGUACCGGUGCUGAACUCAUCGGCUGUGCGCGCGGCUGCCAAGGCCAUGUACGGCAUCUCUGACACAGAGGUGUUUUAUGGCGCCGAGCUGGAGGAUCAAGGCGAGCCGGGCACAUCUCUUUCUCACUGGAAGCGCCGCGCCGCGAAGGAUGAACUUAUGGCGCCUGUGCUCAGUCUGGCGCGCUACAGCGCCUUGUCGCUCGCUGCCCUGGAGGAUAUGGGCUUCUAUAAAGUCGACUUCCGUAAGGCGGAGCCUGUUGCCCUCGGCGCCACCGCAGGGGGUAAGCUCUUCACAGUGCCGUGCUUGACGGACGGCGCCUCCAACACCCCUACGGUGUUCUGCGACAGCCUCAGCUCCUCGGUGCGCAGCUGCACGGCGGACCGGUUGAGCAUUGGUCGGUGCGCCCUCACUACCUACUCCUCGGCUCUGCCAAGGUAUGCCCAGUACUUCCCUGAUCAACCGACCCUCGGUGGCUCUCUGUCGCACAGCGACUACUGCCCCGUGAUACAGCCCCUCUCCAACACCGCGUGCAGUGGCGGCUCGCUAGGUGCGAUGCCGGGCAGCAUCACUGGUGACAGCGCGCGCUGCUUCGACGCAGACAAUCUGCUGGUGAAGUUCACGCUCACUCAGCCUGGUGCCGUCUGUGCCAAGGUACACUGCAGCAGCGCAUCUCGCACCUAUGAGGUGCUCGUGAUUGGCGCGAACAGCUGGCUUUCGUGCGGCGCCGGUGGCACUGGGGUGACGGUGCAGCCGGCAGUGAGUAGCCCCAACGUGUUCGUGGAGGGCGGGUUUAUUGCCUGUCCGCCCUACGACGAUGUGUGCUACGCGAACCCGGUCGCCUUCGCGGAAGUGGAAGCGGCCGCCACCACCACAACAGUGUCACCAAGCGCGGCUACAGCUUCCACCCAUGGAUUGGUCGUUAGCGGCCUUGUCGCUGUCGCUGUGCUGCUCGGUGCGUGCAUCUGCUAA